UUGUCACCAAAUAAGCAACAAAUAAGAAAGUUACUGGUACUUACACCGACUGGGUCGUUAGUGGAAUGACAGUUUCCACCUUUUUAACCUAACGUUAAACUGUUGAGUACGCUGAUCCUGAUUAUGAUGAACUUCAGCACAAAUGCCCACUGCGGUGGUCACACUAGCAAAGAAAAUAUUCCACCUUCAAGCAAAACAGAUGCCCUGCAGUUCCAGCGGACCAAGCAGCGGACGGUGCUCGGUGUUUUGCCAGAAAAUGAGCAGCGUGGUCGAUCUCUCAGCCAGGGAAGCCAAUUUUCCAAACAAAGUUCGAUCUCAGACAACUCCCAGUUCGCCUUCCUGGGCUGUCCCUCCAGUUCCAGCUAUGAUGUGUACGUCGAAGAGGCUUGUGAAGUUGUUCUUGCAGCUUCCGGUCAAGAAGUGGUCUCAAACAGCUAUUACUUAGAUACAGAAACCGCUGCUCUGCAAAAUCAAGAUUUGAGACUCCUGCUGGAACUGAGUUUGAAUUCAUGCCAAGAUGCUUCUAUGCUGUCUGAACCAGAUGAAUCACUGACGUCAGAGGAGGUGCUGUGUGUUUUUGAGUAUGCGGAGGACAUUCACCGGCACUUGAGGGAGAGUGAAAUGAGGUUCAGGCCGAGGCCAGGCUACUUGGAGCAACAUCCAGAGAUCACCAAGUGCAUGCGAGUCAUCCUGGUGGACUGGCUGGUGGAAGUCGUCCAGGAAUACAAGCUUCGCUCUGAAACUCUGCACCUUGCUGUCAACUAUUUGGACCGCUUUCUCUCUUGCACUGCAUAUGUAAGACGGGGAAAGUUGCAACUGGUUGGCACAGCUGCAUUAAUGAUUGCUGCAAAAUACGAGGAGAUCUUCCCUCCUGAGCUGAAUGAGUUUGUGUACACCACAGACAGCACCUACACGAAGAAGCAGUUGAUCCGGAUGGAGAAUGUUUUCCUGAAAGUGCUGGCUUUCAAGAUGGCAGCACCCACCGCAAACCAGUUCCUUCGCCUUUUCAUUUCCAUACACUCUGUCUGUACCAUCACAGAGAACAUUGCCCUGUAUGUAGCAGAGUUAAGCCUGCUUGAAAUUGAUCCAUUCGUACAGUACACCCCAUCGACAGUGGCAGCAGGAGCCUACUGCCUAGCAACCUACACUGUAAACAAAUCUCUCUGGCCCGAUUCCUUACAUGCCUUUACCGGUUAUACCAUGGCUGAUAUUGUGCCCUGCCUGACUGACCUCCACAAGCUAUACAUCAGUGCAGAGAGUCGCCCACAGCAGGCCAUCAGGGAAAAGUAUAAGACCUCAAAGCAUUGUCAUGUUUCAGUGAUCACUCCACCUGCUGUUCUGCCUUUCCUAUGAAUCACUGCUCCACCCUUCUUCUGACGCUUCUGCCAAAACAUAAUUAGACUGUGAACAAAACAAUCACAGCUGAUUCUACCACCAAGCUCUUAUAUGCCAUACCCCUCUGGACAUCACCUUGAACAUUUUUUUCUUAUAGUUUAUGCAAAGACAAUAAAUGAUUAAAAAAACAUA